GUUUGCAACCCAGCCAGCAAGGAAACUGACACCUUUUCCCCAAAGAUGUCCAAACCAGAACCUACGACAACAACCGAAGCACUAGCACCGAAAUGCUACCUCCUCAAGUGCCCAAACGAAAUCAUCAUCGAAAUCGCCAGCUACCUCGAACUGAAACAUGCACAUGCACAUACAUUACUGAACGCAUCAAAUGAUUUGCAAACCAUUUUACAUAUCCCAUUCUAUAAUCGCGCAUACAGUCACUGGAGAGAUCCAUACUACGACAUAAAACCCUCUUUCUACGUCAAAGUGACCUCUAUGUUGGAAUGGGCUGCAAAGAAAGGUUACGCAAAUAUAAUCCAAGAGCUUCAGGCUCGAGAUGAGCAGGCUUUGUCAUGUGAAAUGAAGAAUAUUGCCCUAGCUGAUGCUGCUGCUAGGGGCCAUUUAUCCUGUGUCAAGUGCGCGGCAUUUAUUGGUCAUAUAGCCAUAGUGGAACUUCUUCUGAAGAGAGGUGCCGCACCAGGGGAAAUUGCUGGGGAUUCAUCAAUAGCCGUGGAACAUGCAUUCAAAAAUAAUCAGGAAGAAUGUGCAAAAAAUAUCUCUUCAGAAAGAGCAUACACGAUGAACUAG